CGCUGGCUCUGCCCUGACCUGGUGGUGAGGCGUGACCGGGAUGGCGGAGGGAGGCGAUCGUGGGGGACAGCAGGCGGCCUGCGGGCACGACAGCUACCGCUCGCCGCUUGCCUCCCGUUACGCCAGCCCGGAGAUGUGCUUCGUGUUUAGCGACAGGUACAAAUUCCGGACAUGGCGGCAGCUCUGGCUGUGGCUGGCGGAGGCCGAGCAGACGUUGGGUUUGCCUAUCACAGAUGAACAAAUCCAGGAGAUGAAAUCAAACCUGGACAACAUCGACUUCAAGAUGGCAGCUGAGGAAGAGAAACGGUUACGACAUGAUGUGAUGGCUCACGUGCACACGUUUGGCCACUGCUGCCCAAAAGCUGCUGCUAUAAUUCACCUUGGAGCCACCUCCUGCUAUGUUGGAGAUAAUACAGACCUGAUUAUUCUCAGAAAUGCAUUUGACCUGCUUUUGCCAAAGCUUGCCAGAGUGAUCUCUCGGCUUGCUGACUUUGCUAAGGAACGAGCCGGCCUUCCUACCUUAGGUUUCACACAUUUCCAGCCCGCUCAGCUGACCACAGUUGGGAAACGUUGCUGUCUCUGGAUUCAGGAUCUUUGCAUGGACCUCCAGAAUUUGAAGCGUGUCCGAGAUGACCUGCGCUUCCGGGGAGUGAAAGGCACCACAGGCACUCAGGCCAGCUUCCUGCAGCUCUUUGAGGGAGAUGACCAGAAGGUAGAGCAGCUUGACAAGAUAGUGACAGAAAAGGCAGGAUUUAAAAGGGCUUUCAUCAUCACAGGGCAGACCUAUACACGAAAAGUGGAUAUUGAGGUGCUGUCUGUGCUGGCUAGCUUGGGGGCAUCCGUGCACAAGAUUUGUACCGACAUACGACUCCUGGCAAACCUCAAGGAGAUGGAGGAACCCUUUGAAAAACAGCAGAUUGGCUCAAGUGCGAUGCCAUACAAGCGGAACCCUAUGCGCUCCGAGCGCUGCUGUAGCCUUGCCCGUCACCUCAUGACCCUCAUCGUCGACCCGCUGCAGACGGCAUCUGUGCAGUGGUUCGAGCGCACGCUGGAUGAUAGUGCCAAUCGACGUAUCUGUUUGGCCGAGGCGUUUCUCACCGCAGAUACUAUAUUGAAUACGCUGCAGAACAUUUCUGAAGGAUUGGUGGUGUACCCCAAAGUAAUUGAACGGCGCAUUCGGCAAGAGCUGCCUUUCAUGGCCACAGAGAACAUCAUCAUGGCCAUGGUGAAAGCUGGGGGUAACCGCCAGGAUUGCCAUGAGAAAAUUAGAGUGCUUUCCCAGCAGGCAGCUGCUGUGGUCAAACAGGAAGGAGGUGACAAUGACCUCAUAGAGCGAAUCCAGGCUGAUGCCUACUUCAGUCCCAUUCAUUCCCAGUUGGACCGUCUGCUGGAUCCUUCUUCUUUUACAGGUCGUGCAUCUCAACAGGUGCAGAGAUUCUUGGAAGAGGAAGUAUAUCCCCUGCUGAAACCAUAUGAAAGUGUAAUGAAGGUGAAAGCAGAACUAUGUCUGUAGUGUUGGAAAAGAAUUAAACAAGAAGUCGUUGGCUUUGUUAACUUUUAUUGGCAAGUCAUGGAAACCAUUAGUUUAGUGCCUUAUUUUACCUUAGGACGUAUUACCUGAAAUUGAUACAGCACUUUGUUGUUGGUGUGGCGCUUUCACAUUUCUCAGCGUUUACGAUGCAGGAAUAAAUUACGUUGAAUUGGACUCUGUUUUCUACAGCAACACAACCUGUAGUUUUUCAUAGUUUGUUCUUUCAGGCACAUCAUCUAACUAGUCUAAGUUGUUUUACAUGCUCACGUGAUUGUGAGGGAGUCAGCAAAUUCCUAUUCCACUCUUCUGAAGGUAAAUUUCAUCUGUGUCUAGCAAAAUAACCUGGACUGUGAUUCACCAUGGACUCUGAUUCAGUAUGGUUAGAUACUUUUGGCAUCCAGCUUGGUUUGGCCAGAAUAAGUAAUGAAAUCUGGAGUUCUAGGACAUUCUCAAGCUUACUCUGCUCAAGUUGUAUUUGAGCUCAUGAUAAGGUUUAUAUAUCAGGGAAAUGCUAAUUGGGUCUAUUGAUUUCAUCAUGACAUUUGACAAUCUUUAAUCCUGGUUACACAGUUUGAUAGGUGAUUGAACCAGCCUUAGCCAAAAAAGGAGCGUUAGGACUGUCCCCCCACCUGGAAGGAGAGCACUGGUAUUAGUCCACAGGCCUCUAUCCUUAGCCCUGUCUCAUUCUACACAUUGAGUGUAGAUGAAAAUGAAGAAAGUGUAUUUAUCAGAUUUUCAAACAACACCAAACCAGGACAAUUAAUCAAUACAUGCAUUUGGUAAGAUAACUAAGAUUUUAUCCAACCUGAAUAGACUGAAGUGGUGAAAACUAAGAAGAAAAAACUAAGAUACAUGUAAGUUAAGCUUAAACUCAGUAUGAACCAGAAGUGGUUGCCAGUGAGAUCAUUUAGGAUGUGUUAGUAGUAGUAUAGUGUCCAGAAAAGCCACUAUAGUCUUACGGUUCCACCACGUGGCAUUAUGUUCAAUUGUGGACACCCAGUCUGAGGAACAGAGAGAAACUUGAGAGCCAACCUCCAAAGAAGACUUUGAGGGUGAAGGAAUGUCUGAGCACUCAAUCCUGUGGGAGAGUUUGUCAGUGCUUCAAAUACCCCUGUGAGGAGGAAGAGUGACUUAGGUAUUUGUUGCCCCAAGAGACACCAUUGAAACACAUAGGCAUUGUUGAGAGUUUGAGGCCAGUUUGGGCCCAGGAUUGAAGCGACUGUGAGUGAGUGAUUCUCACCCCGCCCCUUCAGCUCAAUCAGAAGCCAGACUACCUAGUUGUCAGGAACCGGAAUGUUGCAAGAGAAAAGAGGCUGAGUCGGCUCUGACCAUGUACAAUCAAAGGUAGUCGGGAGUAAAGAGCCCAACCUGUUGGAGAAUAGGAGACAAUCCUUGAAACCAAAUUCUAAAUACAGUUCAAUGUAGCAAGCAGUCUUGGAAAGCGUGGAACCAUAGGACAUCUCAAUUCUUGUAGAAAGUUUAUUAUUCCUCCUGUGUGAAUCUUGGGAUGUUUGAAACUGCUAGGUCUGGUAAAAGGAGUUAACUCAUUGGGCUCUGAUCAGGCAUUCUAUCUACUUCCUUCUCUAGUAUGGACCACCAAAGAGAAAGCAGCUCCUAUCAAUGUAUCUGUAGUCUGAGAACUUAUUUAUGUUAUACACCAGACAUACUGGGGAUACUGGAUACCAUGAAUUUUUUUUUUUUUAUUAAAAUUCUUUUAAUGUUUAUUUUGAGGGAGAGAGAGACUGUGAGCAGGGAAGGGGCAGGGAGAGAGGGAGGCACAGAAUCUGAAGCAGGUUCUAGGCUCUGAGCUGACAGCAUGGAGCCUGCGUGAGAUUCUCUCCUACCCUCUGCCCCUCCCCUCCACCUCAAAAAUAAAUAAACAUUUAAAAAUAAAUACAUUUCCUCCUGAAAAAUAAAUGGUCUUGUGAUGACAGACUUCUGAUCUCUAAUAAU